GAAGAAUAUAGUACACGGUAUUUUUUGGUGGAAACGAUGACGAGAAAAAUCUUCGCCGGAGUUUUGGCUUUGAUCUUGGUGCUCCAAUUGGCCGACAGUAGGUAUCUCCCGACGAGGUCGAUGGACGACAGGCUUCUCCGGCUGCGGCAGUUACUUAAAGACCUUUUGGAGAACGACUUGGAUGGAGAACUGGACCAUCAGAUGGUAUACGAGCCAAGACUGUACAAGAGAGAAGCGUACGAUAAACAGUUACAGUAUCUCCAUUAACGGAACAGAAAAACUGGCUGAUAUGCUGUACAAAAUGUCAAAACGGCUUCAUUACAUUAUUAAUAAAUAAGAAAAAGGCUGGAUCAUGAUGUUUUUUUGGUAUUGGAGGAGACAUUCGCUUUUUAUCAUUUUAUGUAAUUCAAACUGCCUGAUUACGCUGUAGUUUUUAUCGAUUGUUUAUUUUUUAUUAAUAAAUUAUUAUUUUAGCCCGAGCAA